UUCACAAUAUACAACCUCAUCAAUUAAACCCUUUUAAGCCUUCAUAUCUUCUUCCAAAAUGAGUUCUGAUAAUAAUCACAAAACAGUAGACGAUGGUAGCGGAAAUGAAAUCUCCGGAAAACCACCUUCGUCGCAGGCUGAGUGUGACGUCGGUCUAGCUUUAAACAUGCAACAUACUCACCCAAGUAAAAAAAUAAAUCUCAUGCCUCAUCCUUCUCCAUAUCAUAAUCAUCCCAAAUAUCAUCAAACUUCUAUUGAAUUCGGUGGUGGUGGCAGGCAGGUUUUUGAACCAUCUAGCAAUCAUAUUGCAUUUGCAACUUCACCAAACUACACCACAGGUGGUGUAAUAUUUACAGCAUCUCAAUUGCAAGAGCUUGAGAACCAGACAAUGAUUUACAAGCACAUUAUGUCUUCCAUCCCUGUUCCACCUCAACUGCUGUUUCCUUUCUCCUCCCAAUCAAACAGGUCCGACUCAGAGCCAUGGAGGUGUAGAAGAACAGAUGGGAAGAAAUGGAGGUGUUCAAGGGAUGUAAUGCCCGAUCAAAAGUAUUGUGAGCGACAUGCUCACAAGAAUCGACCUCGUUCAAGAAAGCAUGUGGAAACUCAUCAAUCUCAAACGCAAAUUACACACAAUUCAUCAAAACAUCUCAGUAGUAGUACUAAAGACAAUUACAACACUACCCUUCCUCAUUCUCCAACUAUGUCACCUUCCUGUCAACAAUCCAGUUUGUUGAUGAAGAAUGGCACUAUCCCUUUGUCUUCAUCAAACCAAAAGAUUCAGAAGCCAAGUGUAGUAGGAUCAAAAGGAGACCACUUUUUUCAAGAUCUUGGUGGAAGAAGUAGUCAUGACCAUGAUUUGGUUGGUGAUAAUUGCUUUCUUAGCUUGAUGCAACCUGGUGGAAACGAUAAUAAUAGUAGUGAUGAUCAAGAUGAUUUGUUUCAAUUGGGAAUUGGGAUGUUGAAUGCAGACGAUUCCAACACUACACAUAACCAAUGGGCGCACCAGGGUUCGUGGUUGGGUGGACCUUUGGGUGAGGCUUUGUGCCUAGGGGUUGCGAGUUCAUUGAACCAACCUCCUAAUGUGACCUCUUCUCAUGAUGUUAGUCAUCAUGGGCUUCAUGAUUAGUAUUUUGUUCGGCUUUUUUUUUUCUUUUUCCUAGCUUCUUCCUAUUAGCAUUUAAUUAGUUCGUUUGACAAGAAUGUUUUUUGAUUCACAUACAUAUGAACAUGUCGUUUCAAGUUA